CUCAUUUUUGGUUGGAAAAACAGUCCGAUGCUUAGCGAAAUGGAAUCAGGAAAAAUCGAAAAUGAUGGGCCUGGCUCUGGCCACAAUGACGACGUCACCCCAUCGAGCAGCUCGUCAGCGUCAACGACGACGGUAGGAGACGGAACUAUUCAGGUACUUGAUGGAAGCCACGGUUGGAAGUUUGAAUGGGAUUUGUUGGCGUUGUUUUGCGUGCGAGGACUUGCGGCCGGAUAUGAAUUUGAAUUGGCCAAAGAAAGGGAAGACCUGGGUGGUAAAUUUGACGACUUGAUUUUCCGAUAUCAAGUCUCAAACGAAAUAUGUGAAGGUAAACAUUGGCGCUAUCGCUUCCUGCAGGCCAAACAUAAGCAAAACGAGAAUGAGAAAAUUAAGGCGACUCAUCUCAUCGACGGGAACGAUUUCAACUUACUAAAAUAUUUCCGUUCGUUCUGCAUGAUGAGAAAGGGAAGCGAAGACAUUCACGACUGCAUCAUUUGCACCAACAUCGGUUUUGAUAUCGACGAUGUCAAGAAGAAUGGAAUCGAACUGGUGUCGAUAAAUGACCCACCUGAAGACAUUUUUAUGUUUGGUCCCCCGGAAAAGACACCUCGUUACCAAUUGAAGUUCACAGAAGAGUUCCGAGAUAAAGCGUUGAAGGAGUGGUCAGACAUAUAUUGUCUUGCCGAACAAUUGCAAAAAUGGGCGCCAACAGAAAAAACAAUUGAAUUAAGAACUGGAGUCUUUAGCAACUAUCACGUUGCUUUAGUCAAUGAACAAGUCAUUGAUUUAAAAACAAAAAUGUUCCAUCAGGACUUUGUAAACGACGCUAAAAGUCUGUUCGAUGGGGCUAAACAACUACGCCAAAUCCUCAACGAUUUAGCGGGGAAUGACUGGAAAAAUUGGAAAUUCAAAUUGAGUAAAACAUUCGGAAAAAGCCAACCGAAUGCUGAAACAGAAAAUGGACUACCGUUGAAAAUCGAGAACAAAGACCUUGAUGCAUUUCUUGAAAAAUUCGUGUUCGUGGUGAAUAUGCCAAGCAGAAAGGAUUUUGAAGAAAUUUUACAAACUAAAGACGUGAGCAAGUACUACCCUCGUGAAGAAUGCAAAACGCAAACAGCCCUUUUCUGGAAAGAAAUGUCAGAAAUAUUCACGCACAAGGAAAAGGGCUCUUGGCUAAAAUCAGAAGAGGCCAAAGAGAUCUUAUUAGAAGGCGUUAAAAAAAUUUCAAUAGAGUACCAGACACAAUUAGGAAAUGAGGUGGGGUUCAACGAGGAAGCCAAGAAAACAAUGGCCAAUGAACUACAGAAAAUGCUGAAAAGUAACAACACGAUUGAGCGCAUAACCACAUUAUCACCGAAACAUACGGCCGUCAAAGUCAUUUCGGCCAUUCCAGAAUUGCAACAGAAACAUGCAGCAUCAAUUAGCCACCUGGUGAUAUCAUCUAGUCAAUUACAAUCCAAGGAAGACGCAGAGCGAUGGAAAAAUGUAUUUCAAUUACCGAACUAUUCUGGCCAUUCUCUUCUAGUCGUUUGCGAUGAUGGCGAGCAGCCGUUUCAAGACGAUCAUGUUGCACAAAUGGGUGAAGGAGAGAAGACAAAAAGACAUAAGGUGAUUGUCAUCAGUCGCAAGAAAGCAGCAAGCGGUAACAGCAGCGCAGAUGAAAUCAAGUACACGCAGCUGGAUGAAUCCUUCAAGCAAAAGAUCCUGUCGAUAAAAGUUUCAUUCCAAGAGGAGACUGUAACUGUUGAGCGUUUAGUUGGACCUAAACCGGAAGAUGUGUUGGAUUCCUUAAAAGAGCUGCUGCGUCCUGAAGGAGGACAAAUCAUCAUCCCAUCGUUCGAUUCAUCCCGUUUCGAGAAAUCCCUUUACAUCAAGAGACGAGUGAAAUUUGCAUUUGACGACCGUUUCAUCGCUGAUCUAGCCAAGCGUUUGGAGUGCUCUGAAGAGAAACUAAACGGGGAAUGCAGAAUCAGUUCGCAGGGCCAAAUCGAGUGGCUGGUCUAUGACGAGCGUCGCAAAGAAAUUUGGGAAAACAUAAAACAAAUGAACGACCAAACGUCAGGAAAAAUUGAAGAAGACAGUCAUUUGAUUCAGCUUGACGAGGAGCCGACUGAGCAUCCGGUUGUCAUCAUAUGUGGAAUGGCUGGAACAGGCAAAUCGACUCUCCUCUCCCACUACUACAAUGAAAUAAAGAAGAAGAAACCUGGCUGUUGGAUUAUCAGAUUGAAUUUAAUUGAACAUUCUGACGCCAUGUUGAAACUCGAUAGAAGCAAACCUGAUUUCAUUAGAUUCCUCAUCGAUCAUCAGCAUGUCAUCGGCAAUAAAUGCCCGUUUUCUCGUUCGUUGCUGAAUCACCGGUUGGAGACGGGCGAGCAGAUCGUUUUCAUGUUUGAUGGCUACGAUGAAAUCGGUGAAGAAUGCCAAGAAAUUGCGAUUCAGCUAAUGAAGUUCGUUCAAGAGAAAAAGGGCAUUCAACUGUACGUCACUACCCGCUCCCACGUGGCCCACCAUCUGCAAAACGAAUUGUGUCAGUUGGCUUAUUAUUUAGAUAAUUUCAACAAAGAGGACCAGAUCAAUUGCCUGGCCAAGUAUUGGAAAAAAGUAUUUGAACUGCCAGAUGGUGUGCAAGAAAUGAAGAUCAAGAAGAUCGAGGAAUUUGCCACAUUGCUAGUGGAUCGGGUGUCGGAUACCCUGAAAGACGAUGAAAGAACUUGCAUCGGAAUUCCCUUGCAAUGCAGAAUUCUCGGCGUAUGUUACCUGCAAACUGUUGGCGACAUUGUGGGAAACACGGGCGAUGUAAUUCGACAAUGUGAUGAAUUGAUAUCUUCAGAGCCACUGCGUCUGUUUGACAACGAGAAAUUCGAUUUAGUUAGUCUGUACAGCAAAUUGAUGGAAACAAAACGCAAAAUAUUUCUAGUAGAAAAAACCAACGCUUCCAAAUACGAUGAGAUAAAGGAUGACGCUAUUACGAUAUUGCUGAAGAAAAUGGAAUCGUAUUUAACUAAAUUGGCAUUGGAAACCAUCAUCACAGAACCAAAUAUCCUCGAAAUGUUGGGGCCAACGAAAUCUCCGUACGAAUCCAGCGAUGAUGUGGGUCGAGAAGAAAGCAUUCUUGCAAAAAACACGCUGAAAUUUGGGUUAACGUUUUCCAAUAGGGACGGAAUGCGACAGGAAUUCAUGCAUCGGACGUUUGCCGAGUAUUUGGUCGCCAAAUAUCUGUACGAAGGAUUUCAUUUGGAUGACGAACAUCACAACAAACUGCUGGAAAAUGAAUCCAUUCGGAAAUUGAUUUUGAACAAAAUCUUGGCCUCGAAGCAAUACGACGGAGUUCAAAUGUUUUUCGAUGGCAUGGUGAAGACUUUGGUCGAUGAAGAUAAAGAAUCGUGUCGCUUAAUUGUCCGUCGUAAAUUACCGGACCGGCUCAAGAAAUUGACUGAAAAUCUGUUUUCUCCGUCCAUGUUCACCAAUGCCCUCUUUUCCGCUGUUUCGAAUGGGAGAGGCAACAUAUUCCUAUUGUUGUGUGACUGCCUCGAUGCCACCUUCGAAAGACGUCAAAUCCUCUGGCCUUUUCAGUUUGCUGUCGUAGAGUAUAACCUCCCUAUUUCGUCCCUCUUUUUAAAAGAAAACAAGCUCUUUAGACGAUUCAUCAAUUAUUUGGAUAUCGGUACGGACGACGAAAACACAUGCCGUGUUGUAGGCAAACUUAUAGACGCUAUGUUCCCGUAUAAAUAUGGUAGCAUCAAUAGAAAUUCUUUCUGGAACCGAGACGGGCACCAGCAAACGCUAAAUGAAUUACUUCUGAUUUUGGAAAACCAACACGUGGCUUUCAGCAAAACUAAUGAUAGCGAUAUAAAAAAAAUUUUGGUUUUUUUCAACGGCGAAGUUUAUGGAGUUACAUCUUCGAACAUUGUAAGGUAACGAAAACGAACGAAAUAU